AUGAACUCUCAGGAAGAACACCGCCCAAAACCUAAAAUGAGACUGCUCAAUGUCACCACCCGCGAGGUGGAGGAGUUCUUUGAGCCCAGCAUUCCUCCCUAUGCCAUAUUUUCACACACUUGGGGUCCCGAGGAGGUGACCUUUCAGGAUUUGGAGUCCCUUUCCGCAUUUCGAAAACCCAGACCAGCUACACCGCCACCAUCUUCAAUACCAUCUCUACUCGGCUCAAACCAUGGCUACAUCACCGCCACCCGACCAGAGCUGCCGCUGGAAAAGACCGAAGUCAUGAAGCUCAUGAUGCUGGCCAACAUGCUCACGGCUCUCCGCGGGCAUCGUGAUGCAAGCCGGUUCCAGCGCCAGUCUGCUUACUUUUCGCCCCUACCACCAUCGCCCGAAAUCGACGACGACCUCCAAAGUCACAGAUCUUUCUCAUCUUCCACAACCAUGACGCCAUCAUCGUCACCGCCGUUAGCAUUGCCGCCUCCUUCUCCUCCCAUGAAACCACCACAACCGCAGGUCCACCCAGUCCAACAAAAGGCGGGAUACACCAAACUCAGCUAUGCAUGCACCCAGGCUUCCAAAGACGGCCACUCGUACAUCUGGAUCGACACUGUCUGCAUCGACAGGAGAAGCAGCAGCGAGCUUUCUGAGGCGAUCAACUCCAUGUUUGGCUGGUACCAAAAAGCGGCUGUCUGCUACGCCUAUCUUGACGACGUUCACUUUGACAGCUACACCUCUGGGUACCGAACAUGGAAGGAUGACUUUUCUGCCUCGAGAUGGUUCACGCGGGGCUGGACCCUUCAAGAGCUUGUUGCGCCGAAAAAGCUUGUAUUUUACGCCCACGGCUGGCGAUUGCUCGGGACCAAGUCUAGUUUGGUCAAGACGGUGGAGAAGAUUACAGGAAUUGAGGAGGUGGUCUUGUUGGAGCCGAAGCUGGUUCACAACUCUAGCAUUGCGCAGCGAAUGGCGUGGGCUGCGGGCAGAGAAACGACUAGAGCGGAGGAUGUGGCGUAUUGUCUGCUUGGAUUGUUUGGGGUCAACCUGCCAAUAAUCUAUGGCGAGGGAUAUGACAAGGCCUUUCUGAGGCUACAGGAAGAGAUCAUCCGCCGGACGGACGAUCAGUCAAUAUUUGCCUGGGGCGCCCUAGGAAAAGAGGACAAGUCUUCAAAACGAACGCGGACGACACCCGAGUUGGAUGAAUUGGAUUUCGAGGCCCUCUCGGGCACCAUGCCGGUGCUGGCGAGAUCACCUGCCGACUUUAAGGGGAUGGAAAAGGUUGUUGUAUCGCCACCUUCAACAGAACCUGUCUCCGACUACGCCAUGACCAACAAGGGACUGCACGUCAAAUUCAACCUCGUCAGCGCAAGCAACUCGGCAACACAGACUCAGCAACUCUAUUUCGGCGUGCUCAACUGCCACUCCGAGGACGACCCUUCAAGGCGACUGGCGGUCUUGCUUUCGCAGACGGCGACGUCCAAUGUGAUGGUGCGGACUCGCUCGAGAAUGCCAACCAUGGUCUCGGUGUCGGACUUGGAAAAGGCUGAGCGGCGUGAUAUUUACAUCCCCAACACAGCGGCCAAUCGGCCACAGGCGGCAAAGGCGAUAGAGGAGAUUUUGGUGCUCAAGUAUCCCGACCUCGUCGCGCCAGGGUAUGAAGUUAUCGAUGUCCAGAGCAAGGGCCAUGCGCAAUACAACAAGGAGUUUGGGACGUUGCGAGUCGGCGCUCUGGACUCGAGGGUGCUCUAUCAGCUGGCGGUGGUGACAUUCUGGAACAAGCAUCUCAAGUGCGGAUUCGUUCUCAGGGUCAUUGUGGACGGCGGAACGAAAAGGGCCUGGGUGGAUCAGGUUCAACCUCAGGCCAUUCCACAGCCCGGCGAGGUAGCCGAGGAUGGGCAAGACAUGGUCAAAACUGCCAAAGACAUCUGGUUAGACCCUGGGCGUGUCGAGGUCAUCGCCACUGGUGGGAGGAGGAGCGUCCUGGUUGACGUGACAAAUCCGGAGAAGUACGAGGAGGCAGAGGGUCAGGAGGGGAAGGGCUUCAUGUUGAAGCCGACAGCAGAGAUCAAGGCCUUUGAGACUGUGACGUUUGUGGAGAAAUGGGAGAGGGAUUACAUGCGGACUGUCAAUGCCAAGAUGGUCAGGAAGAACAAGGGUGUGCUGGAGCUUAGCAUGAGCAGUUUGCUUUGGCAAGCGGCACAGACGAAUGAUCAAGCGGAAUAG